AUGACAACAAUAUAGGAUUUUCGAAAUCGCACCGUAAAUUGUUACACUGCCCUGCAUGGAUGGUGGGCUGUGGUUAAAACUUUGUAGAACUUUAAGGAAAAAAUUAUAUCCAUUCCAGAAUAAUUAGCGAUCGCUGAAUCCUCUACGCGAUUUAGUUGUUUAUUUCCCUUCAACUGUGGUCUUUUUGGUGCAAAACUAGUCAACCGCUUAUUUAAAUUGAACGAGCUACAUCAACAACAGAAGCACUUACUUGGUACUGAACUUCAAAUUCUCGGAUGCACAAAGAAUUCUCUUCUGAACAAAUAACUAUAGCAGUAAAUGGUUACAUACCAGUGUAGAUGAGAAAACUUUUAAAUUUUAGCUCUUAAACUGGUUUGCAAGGAUGAUGCCUUGAAAUUUCCGACGUACCGCAAAUCAAAACAAAUUUAAAUCAUCUUUGUAAAGUGCUGCUACAUUUCAUUCGAGUAGCCAUCACUCUUCCCAUCGCUACUACAUAUAAAGUCUGAGAACCAUCCAGUGCUUUCUAAAUCCUGCAACUGUGCAUCCAUCCACCUUCAACUCGACACUUGCUGAAGCAAGGUUCAAUCCAAAGUUACACUUGGCAGAAACUCCCACUCUCAACUUUGGCAUUGGCUAAAUCUGAAAAUUUAUUGUCGUGUUCCUGCAGCCAGCCACAACCAGUUUGAGCCUCAGCACAAUGACUCUGAGCGCCCAAAUAUCACGGCCAACAGAUCGAGACCUCCGCAUCAUGGCGCUGCUGUCAACGGAAAGAGGGCGUCGCAGUGCCAUCAUUUCCUCCAUUCAGUGCCUUUUGUCAGUCGUGGGAUCCAUGGGCAUUAUUUUGAUAUUUGCUGGAAUUCCUCAACUAAUUUACGCUCCCGUGGUGACAGUUACCAACGUGGUGACAUUCCUUGUCGGGGCGCUUCUUCUCAGCGUCAUGGUGGCGGGCAAUGCAUGCAUUAGCUACAAGUUCCGGCCUCCUGACUUCCAAGACAUCGCUGGAGUCCUGAGUGAAGGUCAAAGUGUGCCUAUCGACGACAAGCCCCCAAACUACGAGGACUUGGGCUUCAGCGACGCACUCCCGCCCGACUACUACUCCGUGGUGUGUGAGAGGAAAAGCAUGAGUCCUGGCUGCUCUACCCUGGACGUGGCCCCCACCCACACUCACGGCACACGCGGCAGUGGCAAAUCUUCGUCAUCCAAUGAAGGCUCACAAGAUAAUUUGCAACGCCUAUGGGAACCAAUAUUACCAGUAGACGUUCGCCCGAGGAGCGGAUCAUCAUCCAGCGCUCUUUCUACGUAUGUGGAUCCCUCAAAGUGGGAUAGAAUACGUCGCAAAACUGUGGCAGAUUCGUCCCAGUCUUCUAAUCGAGUCAACCAGUACACAAGAAGUGCUUCGAACAGCAACGACGUUGGGACUAACGCUUUUAGAUCCAGAAGCUCAAGCUUGUUGAGAUCAAUCAGCUUAGCGCCAACGCCAUCACUCGACGCCGAGCAGCGAGUCAACGAGCAGCGUCAACCCUAGUCAUUCAAAUUCCUACUUAACUGAAAUCCUUAGACCUUAAGGAUCCUUUGAUUGUACAUACUACUUUAUCCUAGUUACAUUAUUAGACCUGAUGCAUAAGGAUGGUGCAUUUCUUUAUGAUUAAAUAUCUUAUCUUCCUUAGCACAUCAUCAGAAUUACAAAUCUAUGCCUGAAACGUUGAUGAUUAUCAGAUUUUUCACGAAAAUAUUUAGCCUAUUUUAAUUACCUAUAAACAAAAGUUCUACAGUAGACUGCCUUCGCAUGAACCGAUUCAUCUCGGAAACUAUCUCUGUUCGUGGCCAUCAUUAUAACUACCCCUAGUUUUCAACUAUUUAAUUAUCUAAUUCUACAUUCCUACUACUUAUAACUAAUUACUCCCUUGUUUUUCCCUUUUACUUGAGUCAGUGUAUUAGAUGAAAUUCCUGUGAUGACUGUGUAAAGGCAAAAUUGUAAGAAAAUAUGUACUUUAUAUUUUAAUAUGCACACAUGUACUUGCAAGUCUAUAGAAUGUACUUUAUCGUUUGAUUGUGGUUCUUAUGUCUGUCACGAGUUGUUGAUUCUCAUGAAGAUGAACGAAUUUUCUGUAUGAGCUCAGAUUUUGACUAGAAUGUCUUACAAUGAUGCAACGUUAGCAUGAUUUUAUUCAAUAUUUCAAUUUACAACCUCGUAUUUUGCAUUUUGAAGAGCAAAUGAAGUCCCUGAAUCUCAUAGCAAGUUCGCACAGAACGCUAGUCUUGUUUCGGCUGGACUGAAGCUCACGUAGUCGAUUUUGGUGCAACAUGUGAUAGUUUUAAGCAUAUUGUUAAAGUGUGAGUUUUAAGCAUGUUGCUAACGUGUCUUUGUUGUCUAUCAAUAUUAUAAAGAUGAGAUGACAUCGGAAAACUUAUCCAUGUUGUGAUUUCGCUUCCAAAAAUUUAAAUUUACUCAAGAGUAAUAUGGUGUUUAUUUUAUUAUUAGUAGACAGUCGAACUUGAUAUGUUUUAAUUGCGAUUCUUUGGAUUGGUAUAAUUAAUUUAUUAUUUUUUAAGGUUCUUCGCAUUGACCUUUAAGAUUAUACUGUUUUUUCGUAUCAGGAAGAAGUCGAACGUUUGCUUACUAUUUGUUCAUUAAUCCUACAAUGGAAAUCCUUGCUCCAUGUGUCCGGUUAUCUAUUAGUAACGUACUAUAUGUACAUCAUAUGCGUAUCACAUUUUGUACUUUUAAUGUUGUUUUUAGGCGUUUGCAUGUUGUUAUAUUGUUCUUCAAUUAAAAUCAUUUGAAAAUAAGGUCAUUGCUGAACAUACGAACUACUGGUAAUGAGUCUAUUAGUUAAGAUUAGAACUUAAACUACUUUAAAAGUUGUGAUCUGUAGUCAUUAAUCUUGAAUAGGUUACCGAUAAAACCUUCGAUGAAAGUUUGCACCGCCUAUGGGAAAGUCCAACGAAAGUUUAUCUCGAAUUUUUCUUAAUUCAGUGAGUGGGGGUUUUGGAUGAAUAUCAUUUUUUAUAUUCAUUCACAUUUAUCAAAUUAUUUCACUACUGAAAUAACCAUUUGUAAAGAUGAAGAUUUGAAUAUUUGGUGGAAAGCGGGAUUGUUUAAUUUAUGUUAUUGACAUUGUUUGAGAUUUUAUUGUCACGUUGUAGAAAAAUUGCUGAAAUAAGGCAACGCGCGUUGAAUGUAUCUACGAAAAAAGUGUCUUAGAGUAUUAAUAAAUAAAUGUUUUAGAAUAA